AUGCCACAUUCGAUCGCGUCUUCAGUCAGCUCAUUAGGAUCGCCCCGUAGAUCCCACUCCGAGUUCUCGAAACCGUACAAGCAAGCGUCUAACUUCUUCCUUACUCGUCGUUUUCCUGAAGCGUUGUCAACGAUCAAGCCAUUGGUCACGGCACCGCAGGCAGUAGGAGAAGAGCACGGGUCCUCGAUCAUGCUUGCAAAGGCACCGGUCGCCCACGCAGACUCCAGGUGGAGGGUAAAGAUAUGGAGCUUAUACCUCACUCUAAUUAAUGCGAUCGUCGAAUUAGGCCUGGAGGAAGGCAAGAAUACCCUUGGCAAACAGCAGUGGAAGUCUAUAGUCGCUCAAACAGAAGACGGUUCCAUCUGGCAAGAGGUUGUCGAUAUCGGAUACGCCGGGAGUGAAGCAAAUGUUGAUCCUGAAGUGGUAGUCAACCUUGCCAACCUGCUUCUUGCGCAGUCCCAGACUCAGAAGGCUAAUCAAGAUCGGCUCGAGAGCUAUUUGUCGACCUCAUCCAGCCCUGAUGCUGGGCACAGGGACGGUUUCGAAAGCAAUGGCAAGCGCAACGGAAUCGUCAGGAGUAAUCUUCAUCAAAAGGACUCGCAAGAUCCACUUCAUGCACUUGAAGUGCGAAUUCAGAUCAUCGAGCUGUUCGCACUGCACGUUCUACCCCGCAAUGACGAAUGGCAAUACGCAAAAGGCUUUGUCACAAAGAGUGACAUACUAGACGAAGAGCGAAAAGACGUUUUCCUACAAACACUCAACGAUCUUGAAGAGGUUGACCCUGACGAAAGAGAACAUUUUGAAGACGCUUUACCUGAGCACGAACGAGUACCGCAGAAUGGUGCCAUUUCAAGUCUCAUAGGAAGAACAGACUCGAAUAUGACGAUCAAGCCGGAUCCUCCCAGAGCGCAGCAUAUUACUGACACUGUAAGAGAUCAUGGCUCCACGGAAUCAGUGCCGGUAGCAGCAGAGCCAGAAUUGAAGCAUGUCCCUCCCGAGCCAGCCGCAGAACCCGCCGCGCCACUUCCACGAAAAUCGCCAAUGACUCCUCAGCAUCGACCACUGGGGAAUCCUACUGGCAAAGGGAGAAGGGGCAAAGCUCAACCGACUGUCCUAGAGCGAAGCCAGGCUGUUAUCACCACGAUCCACAAGGUCAUCUCCAAUAUGGCGAUACAAUUCACACUCAAACCUAUGCCACUCACACGCUUUCUGUUAUUCAUCAUUGCUUUCAUUGCUGCUUUUAGUCGACGAGAUGUUCGAGAACAGUUAAGAAGACUUACGGGCAAGGGAUGGGACAAGAUGAGACAAACAGUAGGGAUGGGUGUCAAAGUCAGCUAUAUUUGA